AUGGAAAUCCCCAUGCAAAGGCUCGGGGCCCGAGCCCUUCGCUCCGGCGACAACGACGACGUAGAGCGAGAAUACGACAGGUUGAGGGAUCAGGCUCGGCUCGAAAUGGGCAGAUCCCACCGAGCCUCUAUACGGUCCCAAGAAGCCUUCCGCGCCGGUAACCACGAAGAGGCGCACAAGUGCUCGGAGGAAUCCAAGCAGCACUACGCCCAGCAUGAAGACUACAAUCGCCAGGCUGUCGCGUACAUUUUCCGCGAGAACAACGCGCCCGGCAAGGUCGGUGAGGAUACCAUUGACCUGCACGGACUCUUCGUCGACGAGGCAGCGCGCGUCCUGGAGGAGCGCAUCCGCGCCGACCAGCAGCGCGGCCAAGAACACCUGCAUGCGAUAGUCGGCAAGGGCAAGCAUUCCGCCGGGCAUAUGCAGAAACUAAAGCCCAAGGUGGAGGCCCUAUGCAGGGAGCUGGGGCUGAAGUACGGAACGGAGGAGAAUGCCGGCAGAAUGUACAUUAACCUCCAAGGCCGACAGCCUGCCUCGGCUGCCCACCACGGCGGCGGCCAGCAGCAACAUGGACCGCAGCAUCACGGCGGACAGCACUCUGGCCAGCAGCAGCAAGGCCAGCAACAGGGCCAGGAAGGGCUGGUUGGUAAAGUGCUGCCCAAGAUAGUCCAAAAGCUGGAGAAGGCUUGCUGUGCAGUCAUGUAA